UGUUUCACCGCUGGUCGUGUUGGCAUGGACAAAUUCAAUGAAAGUCAGGCCAAGUCCACCAUUGUGGGCACUGCUGGGCUUUCGUCUAGAGGGUUUUGUGCCUGCUGCUCUGUUGCCGCUGACACUCACUAUGGUGCUAUUUCUUGGACCUCUGACCCAGCUGGCAAUUGAGAGCCCAAGAGGACUUUUUCAUGAUGUCAAAGUAGGCCUGAAUUCUCGAUCUUGGAGUAAGUGUGUGAAAGAUUUGCGAUGGUUGAGGAACCAGGUGGUGGCUCCAUUAACAGAGGAGUUUGUUUUUCGGGCUUGCAUGAUUCCAAUGUUGGUGCCAUGCACUGGUCCCACUGCUGCCAUCUUCAUCAGUCCACUCUUCUUUGGCGUGGCCCAUUUCCAUCAUAUCAUUGAACAGCUUCGCUUUGGACAAGACACUGUGUUUGAGAUCCUAAUUUGUGCAGCUUUCCAGUUCACUUAUACUUACAUUUUUGGAGUCUACACGGCAUUCAUAUUCAUAAGGACAGGUCAUCUGAUGGGACCCGUGUUGUGCCACUCGUUUUGCAACCAGAUGGGUUUUCCUGCCAUUGGCUCAGUUUUACAGCACCCGCAGAGGCCUGCGAUCCUGCUCUCCUACCAGCUGGGUGUUCUGCUCUUCCUCAUCCUCCUCUUCCCCUUCACAGAUCCUGCUUUUUAUGGCAUGACCCCCAUCUGCAGUCUACUGCUUACACCUCGCUCUGCCUGUGCAUGACACAUCUUCACGGUGCCUGGAUUGAAAUGUACCUCAAAGUCUUUAAAAAAUAUGACUGGGGAAAGAGCAUGAAAGACAGUAAAUGAAGCAUGUUGCUUUCGUGAAAAAGACUCAACAUUUCCCACACAUUCAUCAGCCUAGAUGAUGAGUAAAUGACUGUCAUGUUUCAUUUCCUUGCCUUUUUGUGGUAAGAGUUUUCAAACUGGCGUGUAGCUCAGUGGCUCAUUCGAAUGUUUUAUUUUUUCAUUAUGCCCCAUAUUUCUCUUUCAGUUAUCAGCUGUGAUGCUGUAAAAUUAAAACCAGAUGCUGAUAUGUAUAACAGAUGAGAUGCUAGUCGACAUUCAGUACUAAUCUCAGAUGAGCAGCAUUCUCUGCCUUGUUUUUUAAAAUGAAGAAUGUCGUUAAAGUAGUCCAUGUUACGUCAGUGGUUCAACCUUAAUUUUAUGGAGCAACAAGAAUACUUUUUGUGUGCAAAGAAAACAAAAAUAAUAAUUUAUUCGCUUCCGUGUCAGUCUUUGACACGCGUACAUGACAGUACCACGGAAGAGAAGAAAUUGUUAAAUAAAGUCGUUAUUUUUAUUUUCUUUGCGCACAAAAAUAUUGUUGUAGCUUCAUAACAUUACGGUUGAACUACUGAUGUCACAUGGACUAUUUUAACGAUGUCCUUGCUACCUUUCUGGGCCUUGAACGUGUCAGUUGCGUUGUUGUCUAUGGAGGGUCAGAAAGAUUUAAUCAAAAAUAUCUUAAUUUGUGUUCCAAAGAUGAACUAAGGUCUUACGGGUUUGGAACGACAUGAGGGUUGAUUUGUACUUUUUUGGGUGAGCUAUGCCCUUAAAACUUUUAUUCAGCAAAGAUGCAAUAAAUUGAUCAAAGGUUACAAUUAUAAUGUCACAAAAGAUUAUAAUGCUGUUCUUUUAAACUUUAUAUUCAUCAAAGAAUUCAGAAAAAAAUAAGCAUUAUUAUAUAUUUAAAAAAACAAAAUUA